CUUUGUGUUCUUUAAGACAUCUUUAUAAGUUUUGGAAACACUCUCUUUGAAAUGUCUCUCUCUCUCCUAAUGGAUUCGAGUUCUUCGACCCUUCUUUUACGUCCUUCCAUGGAACCAAGAGAUGAAAAUGGUGUCCUUUUCGACUCAUCAAACUUGCAAAAACAAGCAAAAAUACCCGCAGAGUUCAUUUGGCCUUGUGGGGACCUGGUUCACACUCAGGAAGAGCUUAACGAGCCCUUGAUAGACUUGGAAGGGUUCAUCAAAGGAGAUGAGGAGGCUACUGCCCAUGCAGUGGAGCUUGUCAGGACUGCCUGCUCGAACCAUGGUUUCUUCCAAGUUACCAACCAUGGUGUCGACGCAAAUCUUAUCCACGCUGCCUACCAAGAAAUUGAUGCAGUGUUCAAGUUACCCCUUAACAAGAAGCGCAGUUUCCAAAGAAAGCCAGGUGGUUUUUCAGGCUAUUCUGUUGCCCAUGCGGACCGAUUUUCCUCCAAGUUGCCAUGGAAGGAAACAUUUUCUUUCGGGUACCAGGGAACUAACUCCGACCCUGCUGUGGUUCAUUAUUUUAGGUCUACUUUAGGGGAAGAGUUUGAGCGCACCGGGUGGGUUUACCAAAACUAUUGUGAAAAAAUGAGGGAAUUGUCUCUAGUCAUUUUCGAGCUCCUGGCAAUCAGCUUAGGAGUUGAUCGUUUCCACUAUGGCAAAUUUUUCGAAGACGGUAAUUCAAUAAUGAGGUGUAACUACUAUCCCCCCUGCAAUAAUUCUUGUCUCACCCUUGGCACUGGCCCUCACUGCGACCCAACUUCCUUAACAAUACUUCACCAAGAUCAAGUUGGAGGGCUCGAAGUUUUCAUCAAUAACAAAUGGCAAGCAGUCCGACCUCGACAAGAUGCCCUAGUCAUUAACAUUGGUGAUACUUUCAUGGCAUUAUGUAAUGGGAGAUACAAGAGCUGCCUGCAUAGGGCCGUGGUGAACAGGGAGAGAGAGAGGAGAUCAUUGGUAUACUUUGUGUGCCCAAAAGAGGACAAAGUAGUGAGACCCCCACAAGAUCUAGUAUGCAGAGAAGGGCCAAGACAGUACCCUGAUUUCACAUGGUCCGAUUUGUUGGAGUUCACUCAAAACCACUAUCGAGCUGACGUUGCUACCCUCCAAAGCUUCUUCCGAUGGCUCAACCCUACUUCCAACUUCUAGUUCUCCUCUUAUCUGCUUGCUUUUUCAAUAAUAAUAUAAUAAUUUGGACUCUAGCUUGUAUAUUAAUUAUUCACUACUCUCUUUAUAUUCUCUCUGUAUGUUUUCUCUCUCAAUUGGGCUAGGAUCGAUCAUUGUUGUUAAUUGUUGCCUCAAGGAAAUCUUCUUUGCAACAUUAACUAAAAUCAAACAUAUGCUACCCCCAAAUUCUAAUAUCAAUUUUUUUCCUUUCCCUCUCUAUUAAUUGAAUGAUU